AUGUCAACCAACUACAUCGCCUCCCUCGCCCAGUGUCUCCGACUCUGGUCCUCCUUCCACAGCGCCCUCGAACAAGUCACCGCGAGCAACCAGACCCCAGCCGACCAGUUCAAGCACAUAACAUCCCCAUUCUUCCAUCUCUCCCGCGCGGACAUCACCGCCGCAUCCAUGCCGCUACCAGCAGAGACCUUCUGGAUCUCCCUCAUGAACUUCCAGGUGGCGAUGCGGUAUACCGUGGACCCCUCGCACCCCGACCAGAGCAUCGAUGGGCUAAGCGCAUACUCUGCCAACCCAACCGCAUUCCGGCGGGACGAGGAGCUGCGCCGGCGGAUCGAGGAGAUGCGGCUGGAGACUGCAAGGCAGAGGCGUCUGGAUACGAAACAAUUCAAUAUGGUUUCGACGAUCGUGCCUAUUCUCAAUGGGAUGUGGGAGGUGGGCCAGACGCUUCGGGGUGAGCUGAACGAGGGUGUCGCCAUGCUGUUGGCUUGCUAUACAGCUGAGGAGACUUACGAGCCAGCUGGGGACGCGAUCCAGAUCGAGGCGUUCUCAGAACCCUACGUAGGCCAGCCUGAAGACUGCGGCGUCUGCCUCGAAAGCACGGGCGCCCUGGAUGCGGUGGUUAUUGCCUGCGAACAUUGUUUUCAUCGAAAAUGUUUAAGAGAACUAGUUAACCAAGUCGGCAACUCGAGCAAUAUGUGUCCAUAUUGCAGGCUUGUGCUGUGCGAACGGCGAGCGAGGGCACCAGGGGUUACCAACCACAUGUUCGAUCAGCGCUCGGCGAUCGAGGCCAUGCGCGGCAUCUACUUUGCUCGCAGAGAUAUGGACAGGUUGAAAGAACUAUAUGAGGAAGUCUUUGAUGAGAAGCCUCGGGCGGACUGGUUGGCAGGCCGGUGGUCUUUCAACAUGUGGGGCCCUUGGGGCAACCAUGCUGAAUUGACUGAGUCGGAGGGCGAGGAGGAUGACGCUGCCGAAUCGAAGGAGGAUGGGAGCGACUCCGAGAACGGCACAGAUGAGUCGGAGCUCGACGACAUCGAGCCUGGAAAGGGCCCGAAUUAG